UUUCCUCAUUUAUUUCUAGGCAACGGUACCGGAACCUUACGGUGCAAAAACAAUCUUGGGUAUCCAUUCAUAUUUACUCCAGAAAGUAAUGAGAGCAGUUGGAGCAGCGGCUUUAUUCGCUUCGCUAUUGGCAUCUGUUAUUUUGUGCCGGGCUUAAUCAGUUUCAGCACCUGAGCAGCAGAGGGCGAGAUCCAGGGACGGCAGGUCAGACCUUGUGAUGCUCUGCUGUUUUAAUCAUCCUCUGAAAUGCUUUACGGUCGAGGGUGGUGCAGCUGCCAUACCAGGCAGUGACACAGCUGGACAGGAUACUCUUGAUAGUGCAUCUGUAGAAGUUGAGCUACCUCCCGCCGGCGUACAUGACUCUUAUCUUUGUGUACGGGACUCUGAAGAAGGGUCAACCCAACCACUUCCGGAUUCAGCCAGACCAGGCCAAUGGGAAGGCAGAGUUCUGUGGCCACGCCCGCACCGUAGAACGUUACCCCCUGGUGAUAGCUGGGAAGUACAACAUCCCCGCGUUGCUGAACCGUCCUGGAGAGGGCCAGAGGGUCCAGGGGGAGGUGUACAAGGUGGACAACACCAUGCUGGCCUUCCUAGACGCCUUUGAGGGCUGCCCCAGCAUGUACCAACGCACCCUAGCCCAGCUUGAGCUGCAGGACUGGGAGGGAGGAGAACAGAGCCCCACAGCCGGCAGCAUAAUGGAGGCAUUCGUCUACAGCACCACCUCCUACCAGCCUGCCUGGCUCAAACAGACCUUCUAUGAGAGCUACGAUGCCUAUGGAGACCACGGCCUGACCUACAUCAACAGGGAAGACAGAGAGUUUGACUAGACGAUAGAUGGACACCUCCUGUUAGUGACCUGGCCUGAACGGUUUGUGUCAUGCUUGACAAUAUGUGGAUUAUUUAGAUUUGUAAACUCGAUUAUAUGAUUUAGUUUUGAUUAUUUAUUAUUAUUUAGUUUUGUAAGAUAUUGACAGCUCAAGGCGACAGUUUUUUUGAUACAGCUGUGUUUUGCAAGCUUGAAGGCAAUUCUGUCGGAUAUGUUUCUCUGCAGCGGGCAAGCAUAUCACUUGGUUUUCCUGUGACUGAUGUCCACCAGGUCUCGAACAUGCUGAUGUACAUUCAAAUGCUUUAGAAGUGAUUAUACAAAUGAAGAUAAGUCUAUUUAGUGUUUUAUUCUCUGUAGUAAUGUGAAGGUGCCCUAGUUCCGUGACUUGGAACCGCUGUUUUAAUGUUUUACUCCACUUGUUCUCACAGUAGAUAAGGAGUCAUUAGGAAUUAUCACUUCUAAACAUGCUAUCACAUGAUGUAGGGUCUCUUUGCCCAAUAAAGGUGCCUUAGACUUCGUGAGCACAUACAUUUUCAUAAUGUACUUUAUUCCAUGAAGGUCCCUGUGCAAAGUCCUUUGUUAAUCAGUUAUCCAUUUAUUCUUGUACCAAUAGCUGAAUAAAUGUUCAACAGUG